AUGAAACCUCGUUCUAAUGCUUUGAGGAUAGCAAAAUUAGCAGCUUUUACGGUUAUCGUAAGCUCGAUAAUUCUCGGAGGUUUCAUUCUUGCUGCAUCCUGGAUUCAAGCAAACGCAGCAAGAAAUUUAGAUCUCACUUUAAAUCAGGAUUAA